UAGCUUUGUACUCUAACCUUCUCUUCAUUUCCAAUUUCUCAUAAUCAUCAAAAUGAAGGAUACUUUAGUUCUUUACCCAGCCCUAGGAAAAGGACACCUGAACUCUAUGAUUGAGUUAGGUAAACUCAUAUUAACACAUAACCCUUCAUAUUCCAUCACAAUUCUUAUCCUCACCCCACCAAAUACCACCUUGCAACCACCACAAGAGAUCCAAAAACUCACAACAACAACCACCUUUGGUUGUGAAUCUUUUCCAUCUAUUACUUUCCAUCACAUUCCUCCUAUUUCAUUCCCAGUUACACUCCCACCUCAUAUAGUCCCACUUGAAGUUUGUGGUCGUAGUAACCACCAUGUUAACCAUGUUCUUCAAUCCAUUUCAAAAACCUCAAACCUUAAAGGUGUUAUUUUGGAUUUCAUGAACUAUAGCACAAACCAAAUCACUUCAACUCUUGAUAUACCAACUUACUUUUUCUACACUUCAGGAGCUUCAACUCUUGCUGUUUUUCUUCAACUUCCAACCAUUCAUCAAAGUACCACGAAAUCGCUUAAAGAGUUUCACAUGUAUCCUAGAAUCCCUGGGUUACCAUUGGUUCCUAUAGUUGAUAUGCCCGAUGAAGUGAAGGAUCGUGAGAGUAAAAGUUACAAGGUUUUCUUAGAUAUGGCGACAAGUAUGAGGGAAAGUGAUGGAGUUAUCAUAAACACUUUCGAUGCCAUUGAAGGAAGAGCUGCAAAAGCUUUAAAAGCAGGGUUGUGUCUACCAGAAGGAACAACACCUCCAUUGUUUUGUAUUGGACCAAUGAUUUCACCUCCUUGUAAGGGUGAAGAUGAAAGAGGGAGUUCAUGUUUGAGUUGGCUCGACUCGCAACCAAGUCAAAGCGUCGUGUUGUUGAGCUUUGGAAGCAUGGGAAGAUUUUCUAGGGCUCAAUUGAAUGAGAUAGCUAUUGGAUUGGAGAAAAGUGAGCAAAGAUUCUUGUGGGUUGUUAGGAGUGAACCAGACUCAGACAAGUUGAGUUUGGACGAGUUAUUUCCAGAAGGGUUUUUGGAGAGGACAAAGGACAAGGGAAUGGUUGUGAGAAAUUGGGCCCCACAAGUUGCGAUAUUGAGUCAUAACUCCGUGGGUGGAUUUGUGACUCAUUGUGGAUGGAACUCCGUGUUGGAAGCUAUUUGUGAAGGGGUGCCAAUGAUUGCAUGGCCUUUGUUCGCAGAACAAAGGCUAAAUAGAUUGGUUUUAGUCGAUGAAAUGAAGGUGGCUUUGAAAGUGAACCAAUCAGAAAAUAGGUUUGUGAGUGGCACAGAGUUGGGUGAGAGAGUUAAGGAGUUGAUGGAAUCGGACCGUGGAAAGGAUAUUAAAGAGAGGAUUUUGAAAAUGAAAAUAAGUGCUAAGGAGGCAAGAGGAGGAGGUGGAUCUUCUCUUGUUGAUUUGAAAAAGUUGGGAGAUUCAUGGAGGGAGCAUGCUUCUUGGAAUAGUUUAUCACCAAAUUCCCCUUUCCUUCUUCGUUGAAAAUUAAAAAUAGAUCUUUAGAGGGAAUAAAAUUCGAAAAGUGUGUCCAUGCUAAUAAAAAAAAUUAUAAAUAUGUGUAUUAUAUUGAGAUGUGAAUCAAAAUUAGUAGUAUCUUUUUUAUGUCAUGAAGAAUGAUGUUCAUGCAUCAUAUGUCGUAUCUUUUUUCAGAAUUAUUAUCUGAUAAAAAAAUAUGUGUGGCUGCUCUUUGCUUUAUGACAUAAUAGUAUGUCUGUGAUAAGCUAA